ACAAAUAAAUGUCAAAGUGAACAUAACCUUUAAAACGAUGGCGUUUUUCGUUAAGCUCUAUAUGCAUAAUAUUAACAAAUAAAAAGUGUUAAGCUUUAAAAUUAUGUAAAAAACUUAUUGUUAUUUAUAUGUAUAUUAUCGCCUAUAAACUUAUUAUUUUUGCAACGAAUUUGUGAUUUCGUAAACUGUUAACAUGGAAGAUUCCCUUGAGGACUACCUUCGUUUAUCACAAAAUGUUAGGAAAAACGAGCAAAUUGACCAGCGAGAAAAAAUAAAAAGUACUCUAAUAACACUACAAAAAAAGAAGGAGUCUGAGACAAGAGCUAUGAAAAUUGUGGAAUUUAUGAUUGAAGGAAGACUAAGAAUAGAAACGUUUCUCCAUUGUUUGCUUUAUAUAAAUCAAGAUUAUUAUCAGGAUAUUGUGGAAGAAAGGGCAUUAAAUAAGGUCUGUGGAUAUGCUAUAUGUUCUGAAAAAAUACCAGAAAUGCCUAAAAAACAGUUUCACAUUUCAUUCAAAGCCAAUAAAGUGUAUGAUAUAACAGACAGAAAAAAUUAUUGUAGCAAUUUUUGUUAUAAGGCAAGUUUACACAUUAAAAAACAAAUUGAAGUAAGUCCUUUGUGGCUACGAUCUUAUGAUAAUCUGCCUGACUUUAAUCUUCUGCCUUUUGGAAAUAGCGGAUUACCAGGUGAAGAAAUCGACCAGGGGAUAGCAAAACCUGUUGAGGACAUUCAAUUUACAUCCGUUACAUCUUUUACAAAGGCUUCUUUAGAUGAAUUAACAGAAUAUGAAGUUGAAAAGUCAGUUGCUGUUCAGAGAAACACAAAAUACCUGCCCGGUGCUUCAAGAAUGUCCACUAUUGCUGAAUUAGAACCAGAAACAUUAUAUCAAAAAAUUAACAAAGAUAAAGACGAAGAAACAGAAAGAAAAAGAAAAAACGAGGACGAAAAGCCUUUUGAAAUAGAAUUGAAAAAAAAUAAAACCCCUUUGAGAAAAAUAAGCAAAUUUUCAGAAAAGCGUAAGAUGGAGAAGUCAGCCAAUCCAUCUUUAUGUGAUACAAACAAUAUAAGUAAAAGCAUAAAUAACGUUAUAGAACAUAUUACUAAAUGCUUUCUCGAUUGGGCUACAAUUGAGACGUUUAUUUUUCUUCAUGGCGAAGACAAACUGAGGCAAGUGCUCCAUGAAGAACAUCUGAGCACAUUAUUGGACUCUCUUAGACUUGCCGAAGACAAAACAAAACAGCAACAAAAAUAUGUACAACUUUGCAGAAACUUAAACGUUAAUGAAUUAGCAGACAAUAAAUUCGAUGAGAUGGUAAUUGGUAGAGAACUGAAACCACUACCUGAUUAUGAGAAAUUAAAACAAGAAGGUGAAACUAUGGACUUAAAGGUCAGAUCUUUUUUGCAAGGGCUUCCAUAUGAAGUUGAGGAGGAAGAUGGCAAUGAUAAGAGAUUGUCUGUUAGUAAAAAAAUGCAGAAAGAAGGGAAGAUAGACACUAAAGAGGACGAAAAUUUGGAAGAAGGACCACCUGCUGUGUUGCCUCUAGCAGACAUUAAUUCACAGAAUGCUUUAAGGAGGAAAGUAUUCCUUAAUUCCCUCAACAAAGUCUUACAGAACUUUGCGGAACUGCUUCAUUUUUCGAUUUAUAAUAUACAAUCAGAUAUAAGUGGUCUUGUAAAAACAUUUAAAUUGCGAGCUAAUAAUGUGGUGUUUAAACCUAUUAUCUGGAAUAUAAUUGGAAUAAUUAUUCUUCGAAUAUUGAGUAUUAGAAAUGAAUAUCUGAAAGAAAUAAUCGAUAGCACUAGAUCUCAACAUCAUAUCAAGCAGAUCCUUAAACCGUUUGCAAAAAGUGAAGAUCUUUUAGGUGAGAUAGUAUUAAAGUAUAAUGAUUUAAAUUCUUUUGUUGAGCGUUAUAUAAAUGAAAAGGCGUAGUUUUAUUUUAAUAAAUUUUUGUUUACUUA